ACAGAGAACCUGCAGCAGUCUGUUCAAACUCUGAAGGGCUCUGACAAGCAUCCUGUUAAACCUGUAGCACUACUUCAUCCAGGAUACAUCUGCAACAUGAACUCUGAAUGUGACCCAAGUUCUAUAAUACAGCAAAGUCCAUUAGUACAUCAGAGAGCUCACAAAGAAAAGGAACCAUAUAAAUGUCCUGAAUGCAAUAAAUGUUUCAAACACAGGAGCCAUCUAGUAAUACAUGAAAGGAUUCACACUGGGGCGAGACCAUAUAAAUGUCCUGAAUGCAACAAGUGUUUCAAAACAGGGAGUCAUCUAAUAUGCCAUAAAAGGACUCACACAGGGGAGAGACCAUAUAAAUGUCCUGAAUGCAAUAAAUGUUUCAAACACAGGGGCCAUCUAGUAAUACAUGAAAGGAUUCACACUGGGGAGAGACCAUAUAAAUGUCUAGAAUGCAGCAAAUGUUUCAAACAAGGGAGUCAUCUAAUACGCCAUAAAAGGAUUCACAUAGGGGAGAGACCAUAUAAAUGUCCAGAAUGCAAUAAGUGUUUCACAGGAAAAAGUGUUCUAGCAAAUCAUAAAAGGACUCACACGGGGGAGAGACCAUAUAAAUGUCCUGAAUGCAAUAAGUGUUUCAGACAAAGGAGUACUCAAGUAAGACAUGAAAGGACGCACACAGGGGAGAGACCAUAUAAAUGUCCUGAAUGCAGUAAGUGUUUCAGACAAAGGGGGGAUCUAGUAAUACAUGAAAGGAUUCACAUGGGGGAGAGAGGAGUGAUAGACCAUUGAGUUCCCAUAUGACAAAGCAAUGGAUGGCACAGGAUGAAAUUGAAGAUAA